UAAAGCUUCCAGGAGUACCAUCUCAUCUCCCAUCCUUCUUUUGCUCGCUUUUCUCAUUCAACCCGACCUAUACCAGCAGCACACGGCUCUUUCUAUUCUCAACCGUCGCAUACUGAACGUGUCAACGCACCAUGGCUGACGCGCCAUUCGACUUUCUGGGCGAAGCCGGCAUCCCCGCCAGCAUCAACAGCCCCGCCGCAGAGGCAGGAGGAGCACUCAAGGAAGAAGAGGAUGCAUUCUCGGCUGCAGUCUCUGUCUGGAGAAGCAUCCAGCUCCCUGUUAUCCAACAAGAGAUGGACAAUCAAUCGGUGGAACUCUUGGAACAGCAACAACAAAGUUUGGCAGGACGAAAGAGACUAGCCGAACUGACUCGAGAAUUCAAAAGGAUUAAUGAUCAGGAAAAGCUGCAGCAAUUCAAGUUGCUGCUAAAGGCAUACCAACAGGAGAUCGACGCGAUUACAAAGAGAGAAAAGGCUACCGCACAGGCAUUUCUGAGCGUGUACAAUGUUCUCGGUCAAGCACCGGAUCCUGCGAAGUUACUACAGGUUGCAGCUGAUCAAACGAUCAAACUGGAGGAGAUUGGGCUCUUGCAGGCCGAGAACAUUCGACUCAAGGAAGAGAAUGCCAGUCUGAAUAGACAAACCACGAACCUGCGAUCCAUGUCGAGCAACGCCACCAAACUACAGCAGCGGCUGACUCGAUUAGAAACGAAGCAAGAAGAGACCAUUCAGGAGAAGGUCAGAGAGAAGGAACAGGCGUUCAGAGAAGAGUGGGAGGAAAGGAUUCGGAGCGCCAAGGAGAGGUAUGUCUGCUUCGCUCUUUCUUUCAAUUGUGUCCGUAUAUGAAUAUAUAUUGCGCCGCGCGCGUUUCGUUUCCAUUGCGAACUUGAGACAACAUAUCAAUCAUAUACAUUUGAUGACGACGAAUUAAUAGGGAACACGACUUGCAGAGACAACUGAACCAGGCAAAGGAUCAACUCAGGACACUUAAACAUACCAAUGACUCGACACAGGCAACUCUGGUCGAUCACUCGCAAAAGUACGAGGAGGAAGUUGUCGCCAAGCUGGCGGAGCUGGACAUCGUGCUUCUAGACUAUGAGCGAGCCAAUACCAGGAUAUCGGAACUCGAGGGCCAGAACGAGUUGUUGCGGGACCAAGUGGACAACACACAAGGACGGGGCAUUGACCAAGAGAGGUAACACACAUUUCAUCAGGCGCAAUGUUCACAAGAG